CGCGAACGCGGUGUUCGCGUUGGGUGGAACGCCGGAAGGCGCGUUGCUGCAUGAUCUCGAGUCCGUCUCGGGAAGACUAUACAUUCACGUGCGCCGACAUCGCAUUGCCUCGAGGACGCAUUGUAUCUUUUCCUUUCGUUCAGUUUCCUUCAUCGAUGCGCGGCAAUGGUAUACCUGACGAAGCAGGCGCCGAAAUUGUUAAGAAACAUUGGUGGAAAGCGGCAUGCUGGCGAGGACGAUCAUGAAGAACCGACGCCCAAGAGACAGGCGAAAGACGACACGUCAUCUACAAAUCAGCAGGAAGAAAUCGAUAUCAAUGCCGAGCCCGUAUCCUCCUCCGAUGAAUCGCAUCCUCCCCCACCUCAACCGGUCCAACCCUCAAAACCCACUAUACCUACGUCGAAGAUUACCGAGGAUACAGUACUGAGAAGGCCUCAAAAGAAGACUGUCAAAAAGAAUAUAGAAGUGAUACGUGCGCCUACGAGAGGGACGUAUCAGAGCGGUCAAGCGCAUAAAGCCACGACAAUAUUCGACGAUUCUAAAGAAAAUACUCCGGCCUCGUCUGCAGGGUCAGUCAGCAGCGGUCCCAUCAAGUGGGAUAUGGAGUAUGAGUCACAAAAGAAUGACAAGAACGGCAAAGGCUAUGGCUCGAAAAUCAAGAAUAUACACGCAGCAUCACCUGCGAAGAAGUUUGGGAAGGCAGCGGUAAGGACUGGUGCGCAAGCCUUUGGAACAAAGAGUAAAUUGCGGAGUGGCCUAUCACAAGCUGGUGACGAGAGCGAUGCAAGUUCCAUUGGUAUAGACGACGAGGAGCUCUUUGCGCUGCCAAAAGACUGCGACAGACCACAAAACAAUAUCGAUGGACUGCGUAGACCAGAAAAGAAGGCGAAAGACAUAAAAACCGAAGGCGGUGAUGCUACACCCAAGAUAAUCGAAGGCGAAGAGCUGGACAAGGAACUAGGAAUCACUUCAAUGAGCCCCAAGUCACUGAAAAAAGCAGAAAAGGCAGCCAGAACCGCCCAACUCCUUGAUCAACUCAACAGCUGGAAGGAAAAUCAGGAACCACCUUCCUCACAGCCAGACUCCAGCGCACCGCAAGAAGCCCUCGACGACAUUAGCAGUUACAUUGGGAAGCUUCCACAGGUAGAGGAGGAAGGCUCACGAUGCACAUUAUGUUCGAAGCCAGUCGAGCAGGACGAAUACUGGAACUUCUGGAAAGGAAAGGACAAGACUGUGAGAAACAAGUCUGCGUUCUGCCAUGCGCACAAGAAGAAGUCAGCACAGAAGAAAUACACACAGAAAGGGUACCCGGAUAUCGACUGGAAAUCGCUUCCGAGACGGAUACGCAGGAACAAGACGACUCUGUUACAGAUACUCAACAACGAACGGUCCAGUAUACACAGGGAUCGUUACGAACCGUUGGCACUGACUGGAAAGGCAGCCGCCGUACCCUCGAGACGAACAGAUCUGGCUGAAGAUGUACAAGAGGAACUGGAGUCGUAUGCUCUUGACGAAAAGGCCGCUUACCCCGGUUACUAUGGUCCCCACGGCCGUCGCGUCAUCACAGAAAGCGUCAUGGAUACUCUCAAGGUCGAGAUGAAGAACUGCAAGGAUCGCGUCGUGCAAGGAUCGGGUAUUGCGGCCUUUGUACAAGCCGUCAUGGUACCUGAGGUAGCGAUCCUGCUCAUCAUGGACGACUGUUCAGUGGGCAGGGAAGAGGCGGAUGAGAUUAGGGAGAAGACAUACGAUAUGGGCCUCCUACUGAAUGAGGAAAUUGAAGACGAGCUCGAAAGACAAGAUGACAGUGACGACGAGAACGAGUAUCAGUACAAGUGAUGGAGCGAGCAAUUGCGGGUGUUUACUACGUUUGUCACGGCCGUUGUUUCUUUGGCUUCGGCCACAUUCUUUUUGUACUCUGCGUUUUCUGUCGGCUUUGGCCACAUAUCGGUGCGCAUUUUGAUACCCAAAUACUAUUUCUACGCCUCUUUCA